CUUAAUUUGUUUCUGUUGUUGUCGUUUUUAGGGGUUUUUCAUGGAUAAUGCAGGCGUUGCUGUCCAAAGUAAUAUACUUAAAAAUUAUAAUCGCUAAGCGCCCCAACCUAAUUAUGUAAAUGGAUUUCAAUCUUCUCGCUUUGGGCAAGUUUUGCCCGGAAAGCAGCAAAAGGAAAAACAAGUUUUUCGGGCGCAACUUUGGCAGCGGAAAGCGCGUCAACAGAGGCCAAAAAAUGAGUGAAACAAGUAGCAAUAGCUUCAGUGAAAAACCUCGGGCGAUCACAGUAAAAGCGAAUGAAACUCCCAACCGUGCCCUGAGUAGCAUGAAGGACAAAUAUGCUACGAAAAUCUUCCUAUGCGAGUUAUGCACGUACAGCUCAGUGCGGAGGCAUAACUUUGUGAGACACAUAAAAUCUCAUUCUUUUGCGAAGCCUUACAGGUGCAUCUUAGCGUUAGAGGAAAACACGUCAACGGAAGCCAAAGAAAUGAGUGAAGCAGAAGGCAAUAGCUCCAGUGACGAACCUCAGGCAAUCAUUGUAAGAGCGAACGAAACUCCCAAACGUGCCUCGAGUAGCAAGAAGGACAAAUAUGCUACGAAAAUCUUCCUAUGCGAUUUUUGCAAGUACAGUUCAGUGUGGAGGCGUAACUUUGUGAAGCACAUAAAAUCUCAUACUGGUCCGAAGCCGUACAAGUGCGCCAUUUGCAACGCUCGGUUCCUGUACAACAGCAUCUACGUUGCACACAUGAAGACGCACGCGGCGGACAGCUCAUACCAUUGCAAGCUGUGCAGCUACACGUGCGGGCGCCAGAGCGACUUGGACAUGCACACGAUGCGCGCGCACUCCUGGCAGCAGCCGUACUGCUGCCGGAUAUGCGACUACCAGUGCGUCCGCACCGCCAGCCUGCGGACCCACAUGAUGACGCACACCGGAGAGAAGCUGUCCGUUUGUGCUCGGUGCUCCUACCGGUCGGCGGAUAGGUGCAAGCUGCUGAGACACAUGCUGAAGCACACGGGCAAAGAGCCGUAUUACUGUGACGUUUGUUUCGCGAGCUUCACUCUAAAGAUCAAUCUGUGCAUUCACAUGAGAACUCAUAUAGGCAAGCGGUUCUUCAGCUGCGACCAGUGCCUGUACAUAAGUUUAAAUAAAAGCGACUUGAUAAUUCACGAGCGAGUACACUUCGGCAGUAAAGCGUUCAGCUGCGACCUGUGCAAUUACAAAUGCGCGCAGAAGGAAUAUUUGGAUAAGCAUAAGAGAGAGCACGCCGGCGAAACGCUGUAUUCCUGUAAUUACUGCAGCUUCCAAUGCUCGCAAAGAAUAUAUUUAGAAAACCACGUCUGGACCCACAGCAGCGAGAAGUCCUAUUCUUGCAACACCUGUGACUACAAGUACUGGCACGCCCACGUUCUAAAACCUCUCGUGAGCCUUGAAACUGGAACCAAACCUUACCUAUGUGACUUUUGCGACUACGAGUGUACUCAAAAAUGCCAGAUGAAUACCCAUGUGAGAACCCACACACAUGAACAAUUUUACUCCUGUGAGAAGUGUGAUUAUAAAAGUUUUGAAAAAAAACAAUUAAGAAUUCACAUGAGGACGCACGCCCAGCGAUAUUCUUGUAGACAUUGUGAUUAUAAAUGCAUACAAAAGAAUCAAUUGAUUUGCCAUAUGAGGACCCACGGGGAGACAAAACCAUUCUUUUGUGAGCUUUGUGACUAUAAAGGCAAACUAAAACAUCACCUAAAGUCUCAUAUGAAGGCACAUACAGGUGAAAAACCGUUUUCUUGUGGGCUAUGCGACUACAAAGCUUCGCAUAAACAUCAUUUAAAGAUUCACAUGAGCAAUCACGCCAGUGGCAAGUAUUUUUGCUAUCGUUGCGGCUUUAAGAGUAAGAAAUCCAAAGUCCUUAAACUGCACAUGGAGACACAUCGGUGAAAACCUAAGCUUUGUUACUAUGUCACUAUGUGUACGGGAAAAAAAAAUCCAUAUAAUUAAAGAAAUUGAGAUAAUAAAC